AUGACAUCCUCUCUCCGUACUGUGAAUGAAAUCAAUGAGGUUCCUUUCUUUGAUGUGCAGCUGCCCUAUGAGCUGGCACUGAAGAUAUUCCAGUACCUGGGCAGGGCUGAGUUGGGAAGGUGUGCUCAGGUCAGCAGGACGUGGAAAAUCCUUGCAGAAGACGAAGUGCUGUGGUACAGGCUGUGCCAAGAGGAGGGAUACCUGUUGGAUAUGAGCAUCUCCGACCAGUCCUGCUGGAAAGUCGCCCUCAAGAACUGCCGGGCCCGGGAGCGCACCUUGAAAUACAACUGGAAGAACCGGAUCGGAGCCGUGAGCCAGCUGAGGUACGAGCUGGGGAAGGUGCUGUGUGAUGUCCACUCCUGGGAUGGAGUUGUCAUUGCUGGAUACACCUCAGGAGAAGUGAGGCUGUGGGACACUCGCACCUGGGACUACACAGCCCCCAUCCUGGAAGCCGUGCCCGGCGCUGGCGAGGCUGGCCCGCGGCCACACGUCUCCUUUGUGAGGAUAAACAGCUCCCUGGCUGUGGCAGCUCACGAGGACGGAACUGUCAGCGUUUGGAACCUGCUGCUGGGGCGGGGGCCAAUCCAUCAUUACCAGCACAACCAGAGGAUCCAGGCCCUGGCCCUGGGGCCGGAGGGCUCAGCCGUGGCCACGGCGUCGGGCUUCGAGGUCAAGGUGGAAACCCCCGAGGACAGAGGGUUCUGGCAAACCACAGCAACCUUUGAAAUCCAGAAACUGGUCAGCUUCCUUAAUCUGGUUCCAGAUGUUACGGGGAGCCCAGUGGCAGUGGCAGCUGCAGAGGACAUUGUGUAUCUCCUGAAAGCAGAAGAUCCUGGCAAAAUCCUGCACUCUGUCUAUGGCCAGCCUGUCACCUGUCUGGAUGUGUCUGCCCAUGAAGCUGCCUUUGGGAUCAAAACCUUUGGCUGGUUGUUGAAUGAGCCCAACCAGAUUCUUCUUUACAACCUGGAAACAAACCAGUGCCUGACCAAGGUGGGCAACUCCAUAGGUGACUUCACGUGUGUCAACCUCCACGACAGCCCUCCCCACAUGCUCGUAGCGGGCAACAAGGACAGAAAGGUCAGGGUGUUCGACCUGCGCGGGGGCCAGUCCGUGUGCUCCCUCUACGCCCACCAGCUGGGCGUGUCUGCAGUGCAGAUGGACGACUGGAAAAUCGUCAGUGGAGGGGAAGAGGGCCUGGUGUGCGUGUGGGACCAGCGGAUGGGCACCAAGCUGUGGGAGAUGCACGCCAGGCACCCGGUUCGCCACGUGUGGUUCAAUUCCCACAGUCUGAUCACGGCAAACAUCCCUGAGGAGAGGAACCCUCGGGGCAGCGGCAGCGCCGACGACGACCCCGCCGUGCACCGCAAGUAUCGAGGGAUCAUUUACUCCUACGAGUUCUCAGGGGAGCAGCUGGCAGGGGACAGUGUCCUCCCCAUCUGCCGCUCGUCCUACGACGAGCUCACGGGCUACAACUACAACAUCGGCCUGGCCAUGCCCUAUGACAGCAUUUAGGGACUCCUGGGCUGCUGGGGGCCAGGCAGGACAACAUCCACGUGGGACAAGCACCUCAGAGGGGGUGUUGGCUGCGGGACAACGGGCUGGGAUUCGCCAAAACGUGGGGAUAGGAACCCAAAGAGUUCAAGGCUGCCCUGGAGCGUAUCACUGAAACGUGGUGCUGCUCAGAGGGCCACCCUGCUGGAGGGGAGAGUGAAGGGGAACAUCACACUGCAGGGUGAACCAAAACCCUGCUGCCUGUGGGAAGGAUGCUGCUGGUCCCACCUGGGCAGAGGGACACGGUCAGGAAGCCCGAGGGGCACAGUGUGAGGGGUGGGAGCACACUCAGGAGCUCCUGCCUGCCCUGAGAGGGGGAAAAAAACCACCAGGAACUUGGGGGAAGCACGUUGCUGAGCCUCAUGUUUGUUAUCUCUGUCCUGGUAACGAGCUGCUCGUGCUUGUUUUCCUUGGAAUGCACUGGAAUGUGUCAAGGAACAGGACCAUGCACAAGAGGUUGGGAGAGGGGAGGGUGAUGGAGAGAGGGAAGGGAAGAUUGGCCCCAGGCCAGACUGGAUGCUUGGGAACUCAGCAGGCCACACACAUCAGAAUGAUUUUAAAAUGAGUUAUUUUUUUAAAUCCUCUAAAAUUCUGGAUUAAAUAUUUUUUAAUUGUCUGCGUACAUGUGUCUCUGGAGUUUGUUCCUGAGUCUUUCAGGGUGAACCAGCCCCCUGCACUGGAACAAAGGGCUGCAAUGGCUCAGGUGUGUUCUUUGCUGGAUCAGGGAGGGUUUUCUGAUGCUUCCAAACUGGGAAUUGAGCCUGAAACACAAGGGAUGAGCUGGGCACAGUGCCCCUGCCUGGGGUUGAGGAGCCCCCAGGCUGAAGGUGCACUCACCUUAAACCCAGGCUGCACUGGCACAGGGAAAACCAGUUUGUAGAACAAGAGCCCCAGCCCUGGAUCUGUUUUACUCCUUUAAAACUGUUCUGUGGUUGUGAUUUGCCCUUGGAAACCUACUGGUGCAAACCAAAGCCCUGCCAAUUCUGUUUCAGCUGAGGUUAAGUUUUAACUUAACAUCUUUUUUUACUGGAUUAGUGGAAUGGAUGUAAAAGUGCCAGGGAGGGGUGAAGGAAUGUGCCCAAACCUGCAGGAGAGGGGCUGGGCUGUCACUUCAACCUUUCUCCAGUCACUGGAGAGCUUCCUGCUGCCCUCCUGCCUGGAGAGCAGCUUUUCCUUCUUUGCCUUGGGGUGGUUUUCCAUGACCCCUAAGCCAAAUUUCUCAUGGUUUUGAUUUUUAACACUUGGCUUUUUCCUUGUGAUGGAUAACAAACAGUGCAAGAGGCAAAGUCAUUCUGU